AUGGGUCCUCACGAGGGGUCAAAGUUCAACUGCAUAAUCACUGGAGCAGGCGGCUUCGUUGGCCAGGCCCUUGCGGCUGCCCUCCUCGCAGACCCUCUCGUCUCCAAAAUCACAUUGACAGAUGUGUUUAAACCAGAUGUUCCUCAGACGAAAUCACAGUCAGAGGUAGAAACUCGCUGUUUGGAUGCCGAUCUCACAUCUCUGGAAACAUGCCAAUCUCUCUUCACCCCGGACAUCAACCUGGUAUAUCUCCUCCAUGGCAUUAUGUCCGGGGCUGCUGAGGCGAAUCUUGAGCUGGGCUUGAGGGUAAACAUCGACUCGACGAGGCAGAUUCUGGACAUACUUCGACACACCAACCCAGGCGUCAAAGUCGUCUAUCCCUCUUCAUUAGCGGUAUACGGCCCACCUGCCACCCCGACGACCAAGAUAACAGAGCUGAAUGCACCGGUGCCUGGCUCGUCGUAUGGGGCCCAGAAGCACAUAUGUGAGACAUUGCUUGACGACUAUUCAAGAAGAGGGUUGCUGGAUGGACGCGUAUGUAGACUACCAACGGUUACCGUCAGGCCCGGCAAACCCACGGGAGCCGCGUCCUCUUUCGCUUCCGGUAUCUUUCGCGAGCCACUGAACGGAGAGAAGAGCAUUUUGCCUGUUUCGAAAGACCUCGAGAUGUGGAUCUGUUCGCCAAGGACGGUAGUAAAGAACCUGAUACUAGCGAGGGACAUCCCAAAGGAGAAAUUCCCCGGGACACGGAUUGUGAAUAUCCCUGGUGUGACGGUGACUAUUCGGGAGAUGCUGGAUGCUUUGAAAGCCGUGGGAGGCGAUGAGGCAUUGAAACUUGUAGAGGAGAAGAGAGACGACGCAACGGAGAAAAUAGUCUUGAGCUGGCCGACAAGAGUGGACAUUUCGAGGGCGAAAGCUCUGGGUUUCGUAGAAGACGGAACGCUCACCAACACGCUGAAAGAAUACAUCGACGAUUAUGGAAGUAAGGCUUCAUAG